AUGAUCCACUCCUUUUGCCAUGGCUUCGACGCGGAUGUUGUCAUACAAGGCAUGAUGUCCGGAAACCAUUGGCCUAGGGCUGCCUAUCUCAAAGACGAGGUGAGCGCUUCCGCUCUCUGUCGGCUCUGCCUAUUGGAUUCGAGGUGGGCGCGGCAUGCUGCGGAUGCAGCCCAUUACGGAACGUGGAUGCAUGCAUUGUUUGCGGCUUACUUGAACGGUGUCGGUGUUCCUACGUCGUCGCCUGAAUUCCGCAUGUUUGCCGACUUCAUGUCUAGCUUCGCUUCUCCUGUUACAGCCUUCCGAACAAAAUGGGUGAUAUACGCUGAUCGCGAGAAGUUGGCUGGUGCCAUUGAUUUCUGCGCAAAGAUGCCGGAUGACACCUUCAUUAUCGUCGACUGGAAGCACACGGCGGGCUUGCGGGGCAAGUUUACAUCGUGGAAUCGGAUGAAGGCACCGUUGGAUCACCUGGAUGAUUGUGCCGGCAUGCAGUACAGGCUGCAACUCAAUUGCUAUCGGUACAUCUUGGAAACAUAUUAUGAUCUGGUGAAUUCACGGAUGUUCGUGGUGUGCUGUCAUCCGGAUCAUUCCGCGCAUCCUUUUGUGGACGUGGUGCCUCGGAUGGAGUGGGAAACUGAGAUGAUGAUGGCCUGA